AUGGUUUUUACUCAGAUAGAAUUAAAACGUAUAGCAUAUCAUCCAAUUGUAUUUAUAAUAACUGAUAAUAGUUCAUUAUCAACAUUUAAUAAUCCUAAUGUAUUAUUUUCAUUAUCAAUUAUUGAUGAAUUUAAAAUUGAACAGAUCAGUUUUAAUCCAAUCGCACCAACUUAUAUGAAAAAAGCUCUUGGAUUAAUUAUUCAUCAAGCAUCUCGAUUAAAAUUAAAACCACCAUCAUUUGAUUGUAUUAAUGAUAUUAUUCAAACAGCAAAUGGUGAUCUUCGUUUAGCAAUUAAUACAUUACAAUUUUCGAGUAAUAAUAUACUGAAAUCUUCAAUAGGAAAAUUAAAUUCAAAAGAUACUUGUUUAUCAUUAUUUCAAGGACUUGGUCGAAUUUUAUAUAAAAAAGAUUCAGAAGAAACUUCUACCGAUGACAAUACAAAAAAUCAACCUGAAAAUCUUAUUGAACAAUGUCACAUAUCAGCACCGACAUUUAUUGGUUUUCUAUUUGAAAAUUAUAUUGAUUUUUAUUCGACAAUUGAGGAUGCAGCUCAAUUAUGUGAUCACCUUAGUAUAACUGAACAUAUUCUUAAUGAAUGGGAGUCACGUUUACAACUUUCAUUCGUAUCAUCAAGUAUAGCUUGUCGAGCAGUACGUUUAUGUAAUUCCGUUCCAAUUAAUCGAGGUUUUAAACCUUUACGAAAACCACAAGAGAAUGAUGUUAGAGCAAGAAUACAAAAAAAUCGAACAUUAUUGUCAACAAAUAAACUAUAUUAUGGCUGUUCAGAAGAAGAAUAUUUUGCUACUGUUUUACCAUAUCAAGCAUUUCUCUUAAAAAUUUCACGAUCUUCAACAACAAAUGCAACAAAUCGUUCGAUUCUUGACAUUGGUUUUAUUGACCGGCAUACACAAAAAUGGAAUGAUAUUAAUUCAAUGGUAACGGGAAAGAAUAGUUCAAUUGCGCUUCUUACUGAUAAUAAUAAUAUUCAAACAGAUGAAACAUCUUUUAAUUUUUCUGUUAUUCAUGCAACAACAAUUAAAUUAAAUGAACUUGAAUAUGAUGAUAACAUUGAUAUAGAUACAAUUGAUGAUUAA